GGGACGCGCACGGGCCAUGGCGCGGACAGCGGGCAGGGAGCUAGCCCUGGCGCCGCUGCAGGACUGGGGCCAGGAGAUCGAGGACGGCGCGGUGUACAGUGUCUCCCUGCGGCGGCAGCGCAGCCAGCGCUGGAGCCCGGGGGAAGGGCCCGGGGGCAGCCAGGCCCCCGGCCCCGCGCCCGACGCCUUCCUCCAUUACCGCACCAGCAAGGUCCGGGCGCUGAGGGCGGCGCGGCUGGAGCGGCUGGUGCGCGAGCUGGUGUCCGGAGACCGCGAGCAGGACCCGUGCUUCGUGCCUGCCUUCCUGGCCACCCACCGGGCCUUUGUGCCCACCGCCCGCGUGCUGGGCCUUCUCCUGCCACCGCCGCCGCCGCCCCUGCCGCCGGGGGUAGUGAUAAAGAAGACAGAAGAACGAGAUCUGAGCUUCAACCAGAACCUGAGGGCUGUGGUGUCGGUGCUGGGCUCCUGGCUGCGGGACCACCCUCAGGAUUUCCGGGACCCCCCUGCCCACUCGGACCUAGGCAGUGUCCGCAUCUUUCUGGGCUGGGCGGCCCCGCUGGGCGCCGAGGCCCGGGAGGCUGAGAAGCUGCUAGGAGAGUUCCUGAAGGAGGCUGAGCAUGCGCAGGAAGAACAGGAGCAGCCCCAGGCGUGGGCAGGACCUCCCGGAGCUGCCCGGACCCCCUGCCCAGACUCCCCGGAAGGCUGCUUGGAAGAGGAGGAGGGACUGGUGCGGGAAGGCCCCGAGCUCCUGGACUUCGGUGUAGACGAGGUGGCCGAGCAGCUGACCCUGAUGGACGUGGAGCUCUUCUCGCGCGUGCGGCCCUGCGAGUGCCUGGGCUCCGUGUGGUCGCAGCGGGACCGGCCGGGGGCCGCGGGCACCGCCCCCACCGUGCGCGCCACUGUGACCCAGUUCAACGCGGUGACCGGCUGCGUGCUGGGCUCCGUGCUGGGGGCGCCGGGCCUGGCCGCCCCGCAGAGGGCGCAGCGGCUGGAGAAGUGGAUCCGCAUCGCCCAGCGCUGCCGGGAGCUGCGGAAUUUCUCCUCCCUGCGCGCCGUCCUGUCUGCUCUGCAGUCGAACCCCAUCUACCGGCUCAAGCGCAGCUGGGGCGCCGUGAGCCGGGAACCCUUAUCCACUUUCAGGAAACUUUCCCAGAUUUUCUCCGAUGAGAACAACCACCUGAGCUGCAGAGAGAUUCUCUCCCAGGAGGAGGCCACUGAAGGACCCCAGGAGGAGGACACGCCCCCAGGAAGCCUGCCCUCAAAGUUGCCCCCAGGCCCUGUCCCCUACCUUGGCACCUUUCUCACGGACCUGGUUAUGCUGGACACAGCCUUGCCGGACAUGCUGGAGGGAGAUCUCAUCAACUUUGAGAAGAGGAGGAAGGAGUGGGAGAUCCUGGCCCGCAUCCAGCAGCUGCAGAGGCGCUGUCGCAGCUACCGCCUGAGCCCCCACCCGCCCAUCCUGGCCGCCCUGCGCGCCCAGCAGCAGCUCAGCGAGGAGCAGAGCUACCGCAUCUCCCGUGUCAUUGAGCCGCCGGCCGCCUCCUGCCCCAGCUCCCCACGCAUCCGGCGGAGAAUCAGCCUCACCAAGCGUCUCAGUGCGAAGCUGUCCCGAGAGAAAUGCUCGUCCCCUGGCGAGAGUCCCGGGGACCCCUCAUCCCCCGCCUCCAGUCUGUCCCCGGGGUCCCCCCCGUCCAGUCCUGGAACCAAGGACCCUCCUCCUGGCAGCCCCCCGGCCUCUCCAGGCCCGCAGGGUCCCAGCACCAAGCUGCCCCUGAGCCUGGACCCGCCAGGCCCCCGGCCCCUGGCCUUGCCCCUGAGUGGCCCUCGCGUCCCCCCCCCGGGGCAGCAGGGCUCGGAGGCCCGCGUCAUCCGUGUCAGCAUCGACAACGACCACGGGAACGUGUAUCGCAGCAUCUUGCUCACUAGUCAGGACAAGGCCCCUAGCGUGGUGCAGCGAGCCUUGCAGAAGCACAAUGUGGCCCAGCCCUGGGCCCGCGACUACCAGCUCUUCCAAGUCCUUCCUGGGGACAGGGAGCUCCUGAUUCCAGAGAACGCCAAUGUCUUCUAUGCCAUGAGUCCAGCCGUCCCCGGAGACUUCGUGCUGCGGCGCAAGGAGGGGGCCCCGCCCACACCCUCAGUCUCCCUGACCUGAGGUGGCCUGCUCCUCCCUCCGGGAUGCAGACCCCACUGGCAGCUUGGGGCCUGGCCCCGGAAAGCUUCUGUUCCCCAGUAGAGCCCAUCGUGCUCCAUACCUGGUGACCCCUCCCCCCAACUUGAUUGGACCCCAUCCCUCUGACCCUCCUGGCACCAGACCCCUGUUCCAAAGACAUCAGCCCCCAGGGUGGCUAGUUAAACAUAGAAGGGGGAUCAUUGGGGGGUCAGACCCUUCCCCAGAGAAAUCUUGUAACAUUAGAGACGCAUCAGAACUGACAGAAGUGGAUGAAAAUAGCGACCAAAGUUAUGGACCAGGAGUGAGUCUUGUUUGUUCUGCACCAUGCUCCAUGUUCACUCCUCAUCAAGAUAAAAAAAGAGAAACAUUUUGCUGCAAGGGAGGCUGUUAGUGUGGUGUUUUACUUUGGUAGCCAGCUAAAAAUCAGUGGUUCUAUUACCAUAGAAAAAGGUGAUUGGAUUUGGGGGGACAAUGACUGUCUCAGUCUCAGAGCAAAUCAGAGCCAGGAGACAGCAACAAAAUCCCGAUGAUAUCUUUUGAGUCCCUAGAUCCAGCUAUGCCUGAAGCUGGACCCACUGAACUUUUCGAUUACAUGAGCCAUUAACUUCCUAAGAGUCCUAAGAAAGGGGGUGGGUGAGGCAUGACCAGACGACAGAGGAGGGCCCUGUCACACACACAGGGUUCAGGACUCCCUCCACCAACAUUUUGAGGUGAUAUGCUUCUUUUCUGCCAUGUAUAUAGGAAAGUGGAGAAAUGAAAUUCCAUCGGAAUCAGAGAUAAAUAACAUCGAUGAAAGGAGGGGGAUGAGCUCUCUAUCAGUAUUGGGGAAGGAAAAAGAAACAGGUAGAGAAGGCAGAGACGAAAUGAGCUGUAGGAUCACCUGCAACGUAGUCAUAACAACAACAAUAAUAAGAUGACCACUUAUGAACCCCCACUCUAUGCUGGACACAGACUAGGGGCUUUAUAUCUCACUGUAUUAAUCAGGGUUCUGUCUGUUUCAAGUGGUCAAAAACCCAACUCAAACAGGCAUGUGCAAAAAAGGAAAUUAAUGGCUCAUGUAACUGAAAAGUUCAAUGGGGCCAGCUUCAGGCACAGUUGGAUCCAAGGACUCAAAAUAUGUCAUUGGGACUGUGUUGCUGUCUCUUGGCUCUGAUUUGCUCUGAGACUGAGACUGUCAUUGUCCCACCAAAUCCAAUCACAUUCUUCUGUGGUAAUAGAACACUGAUUUUUAGCGGGCUACCCAGAGUAAAAACCACACUUCCAGUCUCCCUUGCAGCAAAAUGUGGUCAUGUGAGUAAGUCCUGACCAAUGAGAUGUAAAGGGAAAGGAGGUGGGCAAAUUCUGGGUCCUGCCCUUAAAGAGAAGGAGUGUGUCCUCCUCUUCCUCUUUUCCUCUUUUUCUGCCUCCUGCUGGUUAGAAUGAAGACACAGGGUGGAUUAUGUUGGAUUGGGUGGUUCGCAUCCUCUGAAUAAUGGAGCAACAAAAUGGAAGGAAUGUGGCUCUCUGAGACCAGGGAGCUGCCAUAUUGUAUUACUGCUACUUAGAUUGUUACGUAAGAGAGAUGUCUAUCUUACUUAAAGCCACUAUUAUUUGGGUCUCUGUUACAGUAGCCAAAAGGACAUUUUAAUUAACAU